GGCAUAUUGCAAAAGGAACCUCCCGAAGUUCUAUACACAUAUGAUAAUUACGUCAAGGAAUUACAAUCUCGAUUACAAUCCAGUUACGACUUAGCCAAAAAUAAUUUGAUAGCAAAGAAAGAACGCAGCAAGGAGUAUCAUGAUAAGAACGUCAAUGUUCCGUUAUUUACAGUUGGAGACAAGGUCUUGCUACAUGAUGAGAAGGUCAGAAGAGGCAGAUCAUUAAAGUUGUCUCCCCCUUGGAUAGGACCGUACGAAGUUACGGAAGUAGAGGACGUAAAUGUUACGUUAAAAUUACCAAGAAACAGAACACUCAAGGUCCACGUAAACAGACUGAAACCAUUUUUUGACUGACUGCAGGACAAUGACCGCCACCCACAGACUCUGGACCGUCUGCUUAACACUGAUAUAUCUGAAGCAAGUGCUCGCCCUCGACGCGACCCUAGUAAGAUACAACGAAUCGCCGGGACUUUACUACGAGCGAUUAGGAGAAGCACAGCUGUACAAUACAGAAUGGAAAAUUAUCACUUACGUCAACCUUGACGAAGCCGACAAGAAUUUAGAUGCUGUUAAAAAGUACGCCCAAAUGUCCAUUGACUUUUGCAAAAACCAUGAAUUUACUUUCUGGGUUAACUUUACUGACUGCCGGAAAUCCAUUCAGUUUAUUGAAAUAAAAAUUAAGGAAGUAGAAAACUUGAAAAUGUUAGUUAGGCAAUUAACUAGGAAUGAAGAGAAAAUUAAUUAUUCACGUGCAAGGCGUGGAGUUUUCAAUUUUAUAGGAGGAAUCAGCAAAAUACUCUUUGGUACAAUGGAUAGUGAAGAUGCCUCUUAUUAUACUGAUAAAAUUUCUAAAUUAGAAGAAGAACAGAUUGAUUUUCUAAAGCUUUCUAAGGAACAGAUAACAGUUGUUAGGUCAACUUUAAGGUCCAUGAAUUCCACCUUGAUGGAUGUAUCCGAAAAUGAAAGAAUUUUAGCUAAGGGAUUACAGAAAAUGGCCGAACACAUAAAUAAACACGACGGCGAAGUAAAGAGAAUGUUCACAGCUACCUCCAUGUUGCUCACGGUAAAUGAUCACUCCAUACAGUUAGAGAGAGCAAUCAAUGAGUGUAGAAGAGAGUAUGAAAUUUUAAUAGAUGCAAUUAUCAAUUCUCAAAGGGGGAUAAUUCAACCCCAUAUUAUAACACCUGCCCAGAUUAUAAAUCACUUAAAGGCUAGUCAAGCUGACAUUCCAAGCGAACUUUCAUUACCAAUUCCCCUGAGUGUGGCUUACCAAAGCUUAGUGUUAAGAAUAAUUGAUU